AUGUCUCGUGUGGUAGCGGAAAACAUAUCGCCGGCGAGAGAUAGCAUACCCUUUUAUGACCGGAGACAAACAAUGGAGAUGUCACCCGCCUGUGCGUCUACUUCACCGACACUGGGUCACUUGCUAAAGUGCGUCGGCGAUGUACGGAAAGAAGUUACUGGCGACGAAACGCCAGUUCAUCAAGUUCUCGAGAUGAACGAAGGCAUUGUCGAGCCUCGGGCUUUUCCGUUCGUGCUUAGCUUCAAUAACCUCACUUACAGCGUCAAAAUCCGCCGGAAAAUGACUUUUCCCACUCUUUUCCGCCGUAACAACCGCCUCGGAACGGCCGCAACUUCCGCUGAAUCUCUCGCCGGAGAAGACGUGUUCACGAGGACCAAAGUAUUAUUGAACGAUAUCUCCGGCGAAGCGAGAGACGGAGAAAUACUGGCCGUGCUCGGAGCUUCUGGAUCGGGAAAAUCAACCCUAAUCGAUGCUUUAGCGAACCGGAUUGCGAAAGGUAGCUUAAAAGGCACAGUCACUCUCAACGGCGAGCCUCUCGAAUCGCGAUUACUCAAAGUCAUCUCAGCCUAUGUAAUGCAAGACGAUCUUCUCUUUCCGAUGCUCACCGUCGAAGAGACUCUCAUGUUUGCCGCCGAGUUCAGACUCCCCCGAACUCUCUCGAAAUCGAAGAAAAAAAUGAGAGUUCAAGCUCUGAUCGAUCAACUAGGGCUACGAAACGCUGCCAAAACCGUGAUCGGAGACGAAGGCCAUAGAGGUGUCUCCGGUGGCGAACGCCGUAGAGUAUCCAUCGGAAUCGACAUUAUUCACGAUCCGAUCAUACUUUUUCUCGACGAACCCACCUCCGGACUCGACUCGACCAGUGCUUUCAUGGUGGUUAAGGUAUUACAACGAAUCGCUCAGAGUGGAAGUAUAGUGAUAAUGUCUGUUCAUCAGCCGAGUUAUCGGAUAAUCGGAUUGUUGGAUCGUUUGAUAUUUCUCUCUCGUGGUCAGACUGUUUACAGUGGAUCUCCGGCGAAUCUACCGUUGUUCUUCUCCGAUUUCGGCCAUCCGAUACCGGAGAACGAGAAUCGAACCGAGUUCGCUCUCGAUCUCAUUCGAGAAUUAGAAGGCUCACCUGGUGGAACCAAAAGCUUAGUCGAAUUCAACAAAUCAUGGCAGGAUUUGAAGCGAAGUAGAGCUCGAGAUAAUGAUCCAAAUCAAUCCCCAAGUUCAACCCAUAAUUUAUCGUUGAAAGAAGCAAUCAGUGCGAGCAUUUCACGAGGAAAAUUGGUCUCUGGAACAGCAAACGAUUCGAGUCCUUCUUCAAUGGUGCCCACAUUCGCAAACCCUCUCUGGAUCGAAAUGGCUGUUCUAUCGGAGCGAUCGUUCAAAAAUUCUCUGCGAAUGCCGGAGAUUUUUGGGAUUAGAUUGGCUGCAGUUUUGGUUACUGGGUUCAUCUUAGCUACAAUCUUCUGGCAACUCGAUAAUUCACCCAAAGGCAUUCAAGAACGAUUAGGAUUCUUCGCCUUUGCCAUGUCCACGACCUUCUACACCUGCGCCGAUGCAUUGCCGGUGUUUCUUCAAGAGCGAUACAUAUUCAUGAGAGAGACUGCUCACAAUGCUUAUCGCCGAUCAUCCUAUGUUCUCUCUAAAUCACUGGUUGUGUUGCCUUCUCUGGUUUUUCUCUCUCUUGCUUUUGCGGCUUUAACUUUCUGGGCUGUUGGGUUGGACGGUGGAAUUUCCGGGUUCUUCUUCUACUUCGCCGUAAUCUUUGCCUCAUUCUGGGCCGGAAGUUCCUUCGUCACCUUUCUCUCCGGCGUCGUACCACAUGUAAUGCUCGGAUACACCAUUGUAGUCGCAAUCUUAGCUUAUUUCCUUCUCUUCUGUGGCUUCUUCAUCAACCGCAAUCGAAUUCCACCCUAUUGGAUCUGGUUUCACUACAUAUCUCUAGUGAAAUACCCAUACGAAGCUGUGUUACAGAACGAAUUUGAAGAACCAACAAAGUGUUUCGUAAGGGGAGUUCAGAUCUUCGACAACACGCCUUUCGGAGCAGUUCCGACGCCUUUGAAGGUGCAGCUUCUGAGCAGUAUCAGCAAUACUCUGGGGAUGAACAUUACGGCCACGACAUGCGUGACCACGGGAAGGGAUAUACUGCAGCAACAGGGGAUCACUGAUCUCAGCAAGUGGAAUUGCUUGUUGGUCACUGCUGCUUGGGGGUUUUUCUUCAGAGCUUUGUUUUAUUUCACUUUGUUGCUGGGAAGCAAAAACAAGAGAAGGUAG